AUGAAACUGAUGGAGAACAGGACAGAGGCAACAGAGUUUAUCCUCCUAGGACUAACCAAUGCCCCAGAACUGCAGGUUCCCCUCUUUCUUCUGAUAACUAUCAUCUACCUCAUCAAUGUGGUUGGAAACCUGGGGAUGAUCAUGCUGAUUCUCUGGGACUCUCGGCUCCACACUCCCAUGUACUUUUUCCUUGGUAACCUGUCUCUGGUUGAUAUCUGUUACUCCUCAGCUGUAGCUCCUACAGCCCUGACUGGCCUGCUUUCAGGAAAGCAAGUCAUUUCCUACAAUGUCUGUGCUGCUCAGAUGUUCUUAUUUUCCAUCUUUGUCACCACGGAAGAUUUACUUUUGGCCGCAAUGGCCUAUGAUCGCUAUGCAGCAGUGUGCAAACCCCUGCAUUACAGCACCACCAUGACCACACGAAUGUGUGCCUGUUUGAUCAUAGCCUGCUAUGCUGGUGGAUUCCUCAAUGCCUCCAUCCACACUGGGGACACCUUCAGGCUUUCCUUCUGCAAAUCCAAUGUUGUCCAUCACUUUUUCUGUGAUGUUCCAGCAGUCAUGGUUCUCUCUUGCUCUGAUCGACGUGUCAGUGAGAUGGUUCUUAUUUAUGGAGCAAGCUUUGUGAUCUGUUCAGCACUCAUUAUUAUUUUGGUAUCAUACACGUUCAUCUUCAUCACCAUCUUCAAGAUGCGCUCAACUGCAGGUUACCAGAAGGCUAUGUCCACCUGUGUUUCUCACUUCACUGCAGUCUCCAUUUUCUACGGAACUGUCAUCUUCAUGUACUCCCAGCCCAGCUCAAGUCACUCCAUGGACACUGACAAAACUGUAUCCGUAUUCUAUGCCAUGGUCAUCCCCAUGCUGAACCCUCUGGUCUACAGUCUACGGAACAAGGAGGUGAAAAGUGCAUUCAAGAAGGCUGUGGAGAAGACAAAACAUUCCUUAGGAAUUUGCAUUUAA